AUGUCGUUAACAAUACCACAACCGUCCCAGCAGGGCCUCUUCAAGCAAGGCUACAACAGCUACGACGCCGAAGAUGGAGCAGUUAUCCGCAACAACGAUCGCACAAACCGUACAGACCUCGUUAGGACCGUUCGGGCGCAACAAGAUCGUCAUCAACCACCUGCAGAAAAUGAUCCUCACAUCAGACGCCGCAACCAUACUACGAGACUUGAGGUUGUGCACCCCGCAGCCAAACUUUUGGUCAUGGCUAGCCAGCAGCAAGAAGCGGAGAUGGGUGAUGCCACGAAUAUGGUGAUCGUCUUGGCCGGCGAGCUGUUGAAGAAGGCGGAGGAGCUCAUCCGCAUGGGCUUGAAGACCAGUGAUAUCAACUCCGGCUAUGAGAAGGCACAAAAUUAUGCACUGAAAUGCUUGGAAGAUCUCGAGGUCGACACAGUGGCGGACAUCCGGUCCAACGAUGAGCUUGCCAAGGCAAUCCGCACCGUCGUGGCCUCCAAACAGUCCGGCUCCGAAGAUAUACUUUCACCACUGGUUGCAGAAGCCGUCCAAGCAGUUCUGCCUAAAGAUCCCCGUGCAUUCAACAUCGACAACAUCCGUGUGGUGAAGAUCAUGGGUGGCGACCUGUCACAGUCGAGAGUCAUCCGGGGAAUGGUCUUCGGUCGGGAACCCGACGGAGUGGUCAAGAAGGCGAAAAAGGCCAAGGUCGGCGUUUUUUCCACACCAAUCGAUAUCUCUCAAACAGAAACGAAAGGCACAGUCCUCCUGAAAAAUGCUAAGGAGAUGAUGGACUUCUCGAAAGGCGAGGAAGAACAGCUGGAGACAGCGAUCAAGGAGAUCUAUGACACAGGUAUACGAGUAGUCGUCGCAGGUUCCACGAUUGGCGAGCUGGCUCUCCACUACCUCAACAAGAUGGGCAUCCUUGUUAUCAAAAUCCUCUCCAAAUUCGAACUCCGCCGAUUAUGCCGAGUGUGUGGCGCCACACCCCUCGCACGUCUCGGCGCGCCGAUGCCUGACGAGAUGGGCAGCAUUGACGUGGUCGAAACCGUCGAGAUCGGCGGCGACCGCGUUACAGUUUUCCGACAAGAAGCAGCAACCUCUCAAACACGAACCGCAACCAUCGUCCUCCGCGGCGCAACACAAAAUCACCUCGACGACGUCGAGCGAGCUAUCGACGAUGGUGUCAAUGUCAUCAAAGCCGUGACCAAAGACCCCCGACUCGUGCCCGGUGCCGGCGCAACGGAGAUGCAGCUCGUCGAGCGUAUCACCGCAUUCGCCGACAAGACACCAGGUCUUGCGCAGUAUGCCAUCCGGAAAUACGCCGAAGCUUUCGAGGUCAUUCCGCGUACACUAGCCGAGUCAGCAGGUCUCGACGCCACAGAGAUUCUUGCCCGCCUGUACACAGCCCACCAGCGCAAGAAAUCCUCCUCAUCAACAUCAGACGAAAGUGACGAAGAAGACGACGAAGACGAGGCCGACUCAGCAGAAACAUCCUCCUCAGAAGAAGACCCCUACUGGACCACCGGCGUCGACCUCGAAGCCUCCUCCACCGAAAAAGGCACCCUCGAUGCCGUCGACGAGCAGAUCCUCGACCUCAUGGUGUCAAAGAGCUGGGCAAUUCGUCUAGCGACCGAGAGCGCACGGACGGUGCUCAGCGUAGAUCAAAUCAUUGUUGCGAGGCAAGCAGGUGGGCCGAAGCCGCCGGGGCAGAAUCCGAAUUGGGACGAAGACUGA